AUGAGAGCUCUUUUAAAUUGCCAAAAAAAUUUGUUUAUUAUAAGGAAAUAUCAAGUAUUUAAUGGAAAAAAAUUGGCAUUAAAAUACGGAAAUUUGCCUUUGUCAUCGCAGCAGCAGCAGCGCACAUUUGCUAUAUGCAAUCAUACAAAUUUUCACUAUUUAAUUCCUCAAAGAUCGAUAUCGUCAUCUAAUGUGUUUUUUGAGAAAUCAUCAUCCAAAAUUGAAGAUGUCGUUAAGACAUUAAAGGAAGCUGAAAAGGAAAAAACAACAACAGCGGCUGCAACAGAAGUUAAAGAACCACUAAUUCCAAAAGUAGACAUAGCGUCGACAGACAUACAAUCGAAACAAGCUAUAACUCCUGUGACACCUGAUUCAUCAGCUGUUGUAAAGAAGACAAUAUUACAAAAGAUAUGGGCUGAAUGUGUGCAUUAUUAUCAUGGAUUCCGUUUAUUAUUCAUAGACAUUAAUGUGUCUCGUAAGUUACUUUGGAAAGUACUUAAUGGGGGAACCUUAACACGACGAGAACAUCGAUUACUUAUUCGAACAACUUCAGAUUUGUUCCGUCUUUUACCAUUCUCUGUUUUUAUUAUUGUUCCUUUCAUGGAGUUAUUAUUGCCAUUAGCAAUUAAGCUAUUUCCUGGAAUGCUGCCAUCGACUUUCGAAAGUGCUACCGAAAAAGAAACUAAGAUUAAGCAAAAUCUAAAAGUUAAGAUAGAAAUGGCAAAAUUUCUACAGAAAACAUUAGACGAUAUGACUGUCCAACAUAAAGGACAUCGUUCGGAAGCAGCAAAACAAUUUUCAGAAUUCUUUCAGCGUGUCCGUGAUGAUGGACUGAAUAUAACAAAUGAGGAAAUUAUGAAAUUUGCUAAAUUAUUUGAAGAUGAAAUAACAUUGGAUUCCUUAAGUAGACAACAAUUGCUUGCAUUGUGUCGUGUCUUAGAAGUUAAUACGAUAGGUACUAAUAAUUUAUUAAGAUUUCAAUUAAGAAUGAAAUUAAGAAGCUUGGCUGCUGAUGAUCGUAUGAUUCAAAAGGAAGGAAUUAAUUCGCUGACUUUACAAGAAUUGCAAAUAGCUUGUCGAAAUCGAGGAAUGAGAGCAUAUGGUAUGUCAGAAGAGCGAUUAAGGAAACAACUGUUGGAGUGGAUUAAUUUAAGUUUAAAUGAAAAAGUUCCACCGUCUUUAUUGUUGUUAUCACGAGCAUUAAUGCUUCCUGAAAAUGUUGAAGUUGGUGAUAAAUUGAAGGCAACAUUGGCGACAUUGCCUGAAACUAUAGCAACUCAAACAAAAGCAAAUAUUGCUGAACGAGAAGGCAAAAUUGAUAAUAAAACGAAGAUUGAAAUUAUCAAAGAAGAACAACGUAAAAUCAAAGAGGAACAAGAUGAAGAAAAGGAAGCACAGAUGGAAAAGAAGGCUACGGAAGACGUUUUACAUGACAAAGCACCAAUUUUAACUGAUUCUGAUGGUAUUAAAACAUUAUCUCUCGAUGAGAUUUCUAAAAAGGGUAUAGAAACUAUUAAGAUACAAUUAGAUGAAAAAGUUCCAACUGAAAAACCAAAGGAUAAAGAGAAGGAGCUUACGACAGAAGAUUUGAAGGUUUUGAGCGAUGCAUUGGGUUCGAUUAGUCAGAAUAAAAAUUUACUUAUUGAAAAGGAAGAAAUAAAGGAGAUCAAGGAAGAGAUUGCCGAGUAUGAAGAGGAUGUAGAAGAGCUAAAGCAAAUGGUUGGGCAAAAUAAGGACGAGAAGCUUCAAUUGAAGGAAUCGCGUGCUGCCAAACUCUUAUUCAAAAAGGUGAAUUCUAUGAUUAGUAAUCUAGAUAAGGUGCUCGAUGACUUAGAACAGAAGGAAAAGAAAAUCAAAGAUUUAAUUGAGGAGCCUGUUGAAGUAACGGAAGCUGUUGAUGCUGUGAUUGAAGAAGAAGCUAAACACAAUAAAGAACUUGUAAGAAUUGACGAAAUGAUGAAUGCAAUUCGAAAGAUUCAAAAAGUUUCUGACGAGUCUGUUUUGCUUCAAAUUGAGAAAAUUUUAGGUCGUAUUGAUGACGAUAGAGAUGGAUCAAUCAAAGUUGAAGACGUUUUAAAAGUGAUUGAAACAAUAGGAAAAGAAAAUGUGAAUUUGAAGGAGAAUCAAUUAAAUGAGAUUUUGGAUCUUAUUGAUAAGGAAGAAAUACUUGAGACAGAAGAGAAAAUUGUCAAGGCUUUAAAAAAGGAGCAGGAUCAAAAGCAAGCUCAAAUUAUUAAGGAUAAAGAAGAAUUCACAGAGAGUGAGAAGAAAUUCGUUUUGCAAGAUAAUGCAGAGGAGCUGAAUGACCAAACAGAUGUAAAAAAGAUCAAUGAUAGCAAUGAUGUUGAUGAGAAGAUAAAAGAGGCAGUAGAAAAGCAAAAUGAGAAAAUAUUAUCACAAGUAGCACCAACUAAUACUGCAAAGACUACAGCAAAUUCAGAGAAAACAGACUCUUCAACGACAAAGUUAAAAUAA